CACGUGCGGAACUCAACAGCAGACAUUAUCGCAAAGAGAGAGAGAAAUGAAGCACAGAAACACAAAACAGAAAGAAAGGCUCUUGGAAACCCUAACACCCAGUCCUCCUUGUCCCCUUUCUCAGUGAAAUAUCUAUUAAUAUUUAUUUUGAUUUCGUUCCAGCUUUUAUUUAAGGGCACAUGGGCUUGCUUUGGCUGAUUAGAUUCACGAAUGGGAUUAAAUUUAGUUUGAGGGUGCAUUUUCAGUACCCAUAAAUAAGAGUGACAAGAUCUGAGGAAGCUUUAUUGAUAACAGCUGGGGAAGCUUUAUUAAUAAGCAUGCUGAUACGUGUGCCAUCAGGAUACAAUAAAGUGUUAGUUUGGGAAGUGUUAAUAAAGAGUUUAUACACCAACAAAGUGAACCUUUUGAAGAAGAAGCAUAUUAUCUUCCCAUUAUUUCUCCCCUUUUUUUGAACAAUAAGUGCAAGGUUGUUAACUUUUGAGACACUCCAAAUAAGCUUUCACAGCCAUCAUCAGAUGUCAGAAGGUGGCAUGGCUGUUGUGAAACCUGAGAUGAAGUCUUACAUUUGGCUCCAAACCGCUGAUGGUUCAAUCCAAGAAGUAGAAGAAGAGGUUGCCAUGUUUUGCCCCAUGAUAUGCCGAGAAAUUCUUCAAACGGGCAUGGGAUCUUCAAAAAAUUAUGCUAUAUCACUUCCUCAACGUGUGAAUCCAGCUAUCUUAGGCUUAAUACUUGACUAUUGCCGGUUUCAUCAAGUACCAGGUCGCUCCAAUAAGGAGCGCAAAACUUUUGAUGAAAAAUUUAUUCGAAUGGAUACAAAAAGAUUAUGUGAGUUGACAUCUGCUGCUGACAGCCUUCAGUUAAAGCCUUUGGUUGAUCUUACUAGUCGUGCACUCGCUCGAAUUAUUGAGGGAAAAACACCUGAGGAGAUACGUGAGACCUUUCAUUUACCUGAUGACCUCACAGAGGAAGAGAAAUUGGAGCCCCUUAGAAACAUUACUGAUGAUCCGCGCAUCCGGCUUUUAAAUCGAUUAUAUGCCAGAAAGAGGAAGGAAUUGAAAGAGCGAGAGAAAAUGAAGAAUGUUGAGGUUGAGGAGGAGCAUGUGGAUGAACGCUCCGUCGACGAUCUCUUGUCAUUUAUAAAUGGUGCAGAUGGAGAUUCAAAAGGUAGUAGAAGUAGCAAGAACAAAAAAAAGAAUCGCAGAAGAAAAGACCAAUCAAAGGAAUCUUCUUCAGACAAUUUAAAUGAAAACCAUAAGAAGGAGAUGAGCACUUACCCUUCUGCUUGCCAUAAUGGGGAGGUUAAUGAUAAUUUGGUUGCCUCUACCAGUACAAUUUCAAAGUUGCAAGAAUCUGGAUCUUCCGCACUUUCACCUAAGCUUGAUUUUGAUGAUGCUGACAUUGAUGAUGAUUUAGAUCCUGCAAUGAAGGAGGAACUUGACAGGGAAGUUGAGGACUUUGCUCGUAGAUUAAAUUCAGAGUGGCCAGAAAGAAUGCAGGAAAUACUUUCUUUGGGUCAAGAAAGAAGGCUGGUACCAUUAUCUAUGAAUGGAAAUGGCUCUUUAUGUAGAUAUUCGGGUUUGGAUCGGAGAUAAUAUGAUUUAAUUUCCAUUCUGAAAAUCUUCAGCAGCCAGCUUGAGUGGUGCUGCCCGCAGUUUGCUGCUGUAAGAAGAUAGAAGAAUUGACACUGUUAAUUGGUGUGGACUGCAUGUGAGUAUUUUUGUCUGUUUGACCCUCACCAAAGGCAACAUUCUUUCUCCGCGUAUUGUAUUUUGGAAAAGCGUUUAAAAAUGGAAAAUAAAACUCAGAAGAGACAAUUUGGGCACAAUUUGCUCAUUUGUCUUUAUCUUGAUCUGUUGUUGCAGUUGUUUGUGACUUUCAGCUAUUCACAUCAGCGAGCCCCUGUACCAUCUGGAAAUUAUUUCUUUCACAAAUUUUUCUCAUUUUGGAAUAUCAUUCAGAUUUCAGUUUCCACGUUUACUGCAUAGCUUCCUUGUGGCUUGUUCACACUUCACAGAGGCCACUAAUCUGUGGAGAAAAAGAUUUGAGAAUAUGUGAAAUGCAUAGUUAAUUAACCAUUUGUUGAAAGAUUUCACUUGUUUGAAAACUUACUUUCCGGGGAAGCCACUGGGAGAAACUUUGAUAGAGGAGGAUUAACACAAGUUUUGUAAUUUUAUGUGUGAUUCUUUCAUAUAAGUUUACUUGAGGAAAUGGAUUUUUUGCUUUGUAACUUUGCUUGCACGGCAGUGAAGAACUACAAUUAACCCUUUGAUAUGAUAGGGGUAGAAAUUACAAACUCGUCUUUUUAUUUUGAGAGUGCAGAUUUUUUUUUUCCCCUCUCUCUCUGUUAUGGACCGUGUCCUUUGUAAUUAAGAGAUUAUCUACAGAUUUCCUUGACU